AUGGGUUCGUGUAUGUCAAAAGACACUUCACAAGUGAAUGGUACAUCUAAACCAUCCAAUAUUCAAGCCAAACGACAAGAGCAAACACAAACUGUAAACAAUCAACUGAAAUCACAGCAAUCACAACAACCCCAGUCAUCAAGUCUACAUCCUACCCAACAACAACAGCUGACUGGAUCAACAAGCGAGCACGAAAAAUCAAAUAACUCUACUCUAGAUAACAAUGGACAAUCAGCAUUUAGUGAAAAACAAGCAGGUCUGCCUAAUGGUGGAGCUGAUGGCGCUGUAGCAACUGCAAAUGGCAAUGGCACAAUAGCCAAUGGUCAAGCAAUAAAUCCAGUUGACGCUGCAGCAAAAUCUAAUACAGAACAAGAAGUCAAGGUGCUACUUUUAGGGUCCGGGGAAAGUGGUAAAUCUACCAUUGUUAAACAAAUGAAAAUCUUACAUCAAAACGGGUACACACAAGAGGAAUUGUAUGAAUAUAAACCCUUCAUUUAUAAGAAUGUUAUGGAUUGCAUUAAAAAUGUCAUCAAUGCAAUUAUCGAUUUAGACCCCGAGUUGAUCAAACCGAAAGUUGAAGAAGGCGUCGAUGGUGUUGGUGCUGGUGCUACCACCUCUGAUGUACAAGACCCGUCCGAAGUUGUUAAUGGCACUUGGCGCAAACACGUUCUUGAUUAUGAUUCCCUAAAUGAAGUAUUGGAUUAUGAGAUUUUACUCGAUGGAACCAACGAUGCCAUAUUUGAUCCAACAAUAGCUGGAAAAAUUGAACAAAUUUACAAUACACCUGAAGUCAAGGACUUUAUGAUUCAUAAACAAGGUCAAUUCUAUCUCAUCGACUCUACAGAAUAUUUCAUGACGAAUUUGAAGAGAAUUGCUCAACCAGAUUACAUUCCAUCAACAACCGAUGUAUUACGUACAAGAAAAAAGACAUCGGGUAUAUUUGAUUUUGUUUUUGAUAUGGGUAAUGACCUUCAUAUCCAUAUGUUUGACGUUGGUGGACAAAGAUCAGAACGUAAGAAAUGGAUUCAUUGUUUUGAUAAUGUAACAUUAAUCAUCUUUUGCGUCUCACUUUCAGAAUAUGAUCAAGUAUUAUUGGAAGAAAAUAAUCAAAAUCGAUUAGAAGAAAGUAUUGCAUUAUUUGACUCAGUAGUUAACUCACGAUGGUUUGCUAGAACUAGUGUUGUGUUAUUUUUAAACAAGAUUGAUGUAUUUGCCGAAAAAUUACAAUAUUCGCCUUUGGAAACCCAUUUUCCUGAUUACACUGGUGGUAAUAAUAUCAAUAAAGCAGCAAAAUAUAUUCUUUGGAGAUUUAAUCAAGUUAAUCGAUCAGGAUUGAAUAUUUAUCCUCAUGUCACUCAAGCCACUGAUACUAGCAAUAUACAAUUGGUGAUGGCAGCUGUAAAGGAGACAAUUAUGGAAAAUACAUUAAAAGAUAGUGGACUUAUAUAA